CCAACAGUGGCGCAUUGCUGACCCCGUGUGCUAAAAGUGCAAGGUGAGGCAAACUUGAUUCACAGCAACAACUACAACCAGUUUGCAGGAAUUACUAGGCAACUCGACAAUUGCAGAGUAAGGAUCAACCACACACAAGGAAUCGCCACCAUGAGCUCAUUCAAGAAGCGUGUGCCGUCUGCACAAGCGAGUCUUCCAGCCGGGUGUCGCCUCUCUGCCUACAACGGACAGGUUCUCAUAUCGACAGGUGUUCCUUCGCUGGACGACAUUCUCGGCGGUGGACUCCCCGUGGGCACUAUCCUUUUGAUUCAGGAGGAUCGCCAGACCUCGUACGGACAACUCUUGCUCAAAUACUUCUUGCGACAGGGUAUCGUCGUGGGCGACAAGUGUGUCGUUGUCAGCGGCGAUGAGAAACCAGAGGCGAUUGUUAGGUCCCUUAUGGGGAUCGCAGGCGAAGAGAGCUCAACGAUCCAGGUCCAACAGGGAGUCGAUAAUCGGGAUGAUGAUGAUGAGCGUGGCAGUAGCGGUCGAAGGAAGAAGUUGAGCGGAUCACAAAAUGUAGAGGAUGAAGACUCGGAGCAGGAUCGACUAAAGAUCGCAUGGAGAUAUAGCGGGCUCAAGAAGUUUGAGAGCGGUGUGGAAAGUCGCCCACAGCCAGCCAUUUCGUCGCGUGUGGAUCAAGCAGCAUCAUCGGCUACAGGGCUCACGCCCAGUCAAAUCCCGUUCUGCGAGCAGUUUGAUCUUACCACACGGAUCUCAGCCAAGGCAUUGGAAUCAGCCGAUACGACGCUGAUCGACUCGGGGGAAUUGCUGAGGAGCAUGAACAGCGACAUUAGCAAGGACUCUGGGAUCGAUAGCGAUGAAAGCUCUCUGGACGAGGAUGACAGCGAUAGUUCAGGAAGAAACCAGCAGGACUUGUAUAGGAGUGUGCUCGAUAAGAUCAGAGAGACGGUUAUUCAAGGUGGAUUCAGUACCACGCUCGUCAAAGACCCUUCAGAACCUGCACCUGCGCCAAGUGCCGCUGGACUAUCAAAGAGACAUAUCUGCAGAAUCGGCAUCAACUCGAUCGCAUCUCCUAGCUGGAGAAGUAAAACUCCACAGGAUCUGUACAAGUUCUUGCAUGCAUUGCGUGGUCUUUUGCGUUUCAGUUUUGGCGCCGCUGUGAUCACCAUCCCAGCUCACCUUUACGGUACCGCUGAUCAGCGACACGCGACAGAUGGUUCUACAACUUCGCCCUUCAUUCAUCGGCUUGAACAGUUGUGCGACGCCUCUGUCAGAAUUGAAUCCUUUGCCGGCGCUCUCACUAAUGCCUCAUCUGCAGCAUCCGACUACCACGGCUUGUUCCACGUUCACAAAGUACCUGUUUUAAAUGCAUUGAUCCCUUCUUCCACAAAGCUGUCUGUUUUGCUGGACGGAGCUGCUAAAGGAUCGGGAGGACCUAGUGGGCAUGGCAACAGCGGCGGAUCUAGCAAGGGCGUUAAUAACCUGGGAUUCAAAGUCCGGAGGAAGCGAUUUGCAAUCGAGACUUUCCAUUUGCCGCCGGAGGGCGGUGUAGGACAGAGGCGGACGUCUGCAGAACCGUCCAGCGCAUCGACAUCGUUGUCAGAUCGCAAGUCGACAUCUUCAACAUCGUCGGCGUCUUCCUCUUCUACGAGCAGUGCAGAACCAUCUUCAGGAUCACUUAGGAAGCCAGCGUCGACGGAGGGUAGCAACACGCGUUCGAGAUCAUUGGGUAUGGGCAAGAGCGGCAGCAGUACCAGCAACAAUGGCGGUGGAAAGGUCGAUGUGCACUCUGUUCCCGGCGCGAGUGGGAUGGCACGUAAAAUGAUGGGAUUGCCACCAAAAGGAAUCGAGGGCGCAGUGGCUUCUGGAUGUAGUACUGAAGGGCCGGAUGCUGGGGGACACCAGCAUACACAUGGACACGGACAAAAGCUAAGGCAAGGACGUGGAGGUGCGCUGAACAACAGUCUGCUUGACUUUUAGUUCAGAAUUAGUGAGCGGAAGUCGGAAAAUAAAAAAUAAAAGUGCUGUUAUUUCCAUCUCAGGAACCGGAGAGGAAAUAAAGGCACAGACCGUGAG